GUAAUAAUAACGGUUAACGCUAGUUUUGUUCGUUAUUUAUUCGUUCUGAAGGACUGUAAGGCGCUGCAGAGAUGCCCACCUCGCCCCCUGUUCCCUGCCCUGUGCGGCUGGGCAUGGUUAAAACCGGAGGUCUGCCUGCUCAGCUGCACCGAAACACCCGGGAGAGAAACGUCCACAAAGUAGAGAAGCUGCUAAAGAAAGGUGUAGACGUGGACUGUGUGAACCAUCUCGGACAGACGGCUCUGUUCUGUGCAUCUCUGCUGGGUUUCACUGGUGUAGCAGAGUUGCUUCUUCAAUACGGUGCCAACCCAAACCAUCGGUGUGAUGACAGGAGCACUCCGGUGCACGCCGCCGUCUUCUCCUGUAACCCGCGGUUACUCAGCGAGCUUCUGGAUGCUGGAGGAGAUUUACGGCUCCAUGAUGAUCAGGGCAGGACUCCCAGAGACUGGGCUGACAUCGGAGCUCAGGAACACAGUGCCAGAAUGCUGGAGUUUCUGAAGAGCUGUGCUUCACAUAUGAAGAUUUUAUCUCAGUCUCACUCACCCAGAGCAGCUCCCCUCAGUCCAGGUUCCUCCAAAACUCUCCUGCGCUCGCCCUCACUCCUGCAGCUCCUCAGACCCGGGGGAUCUGAUCACAUGAUCAACAGGAACCCGAGGCUGAAGGCGUCCGCGUGUGACACGGUGCAGUGCUUCGGGUUCGGAAAGAUGUGUGUGGAGAAGAAGCAGCUUCCUGUAGGCGUCCUGGCCUCGCUGCCGUUGAUUCCGGAGUCGGAACUCUUACAGGCUGAUGACGAAGCGCUUCAUGCUUUUGCAUGCGGCUCCUUCAUGCAGCUGAUCAAUUACAGUUGGAGAGGAAGCCGUGUCACCGUGAAAGAGCUGCAGCACGUGCGGAAACACGACUACCAGGACCUGCUCAUCACAGAACUGCAGCACUGCUGUCACCUGUUUCACUCUCACCUGCUGCAGCUGAUGGCAGUGAGCGUGUCCACAGAUCUACUGCAAACCAGACUGGUGUACGAGCGGGUGCACGUGGGCUCACUGUACACGCUCCUCUAUCACAAGCGAGCUGAAUUCCCAGUCCUGCAGGUGUGUGAGAUGUUAUUAACGCUGCUACAGGUGUGUGAGGCUCUGCUGUACCUGCACACUCGCUCUCUGGUGCUGCGAUCUCUCUCCUCACACUCCGUCAUCAUCGUACACCCCGGAGUCGCCAAGGUCACCAACCUCGGCUUCAUCACGCCCAGUGAUGGUGGUCAGAUCCGCAGCGCAUCCCUUCUCCCCAUCCCGCUCAUGCUCUGUAACUGGGCGGCUCCGGAAGUGAUCCGAAAUAACUCCUGCACAGGAAAAGCUGAUCUGUACAGCAUGUGUGCUCUUAUACAGGAAGUUUAUACUGACGCAGUACCGUGGGGUCCCGUAGAUCCACACUGGAUAAAGCAGGCUGCAGACGCAGGUCAGGCUCUGUGCGCGGACCCCGCGGUGCCUCAGCCGUAUUACGACCUGCUGCUGACCGGCCUGAAUCCUCGAGCUGGGGAUCGAACCUGCAGCCUUCAGGAUCUGAGGUACACACUGCGCUCCGACCUCAAGGAGCUAAACCAGAGGGAGGGGAGGAGGGCAGGACGCCCCCUAGAGGUCAGAGCCAGAACCGAUAGGUGGAGCACAGAGGCCCAGCCUGAGCAGCCAGGGGUUCACUGUGCAACUGUGCAAUAUUCUGUACAUCCAGAUUCCCCCCCGACAGAUCAGCCACCGCUGGAGCGAGAGAUUCUGCAGCACCUCGACAGCUUCCUGGAGAAAGAAAGAGAAGAAACCGAGAGCAGCGCGUCCACCACUCAGCUCGUUCGGGACAUCCUCCCCCUGGAUGAGUGGCGUCUGUCCCCCCGUCCUCCUUCAGAACCGCCCGAGGGGGAGACGGAGACGGAGGAGGACGAGCAUCCCUCCGUCUCCGAGCACAUCAGCUCCAUCGUCCUGAACCUGAAGGUCUCUCGGGUCCUGAUGCAGCAGGCCGAGAGCGGCCUGGAGCUCGCCGAGCCGAGGAUCAUGGGAAAUCCGCGCCCCGACUGCCCGCGCUUCGACGAGGUGGACGGUUUCGGCUGGCGCACGGAGAGAAAGGUGGAGGUGCUGAAAGCGGUCGGACCGCCACCCGUGUACAGACCGGGUCUGGGGUUCCAGGAGACCGAGGAGGAGGUCAGUGAGUUCUGCUCCGCCGGAGAGGGAAGCUUCGAUAGCUCAGAGGGAGACGGAGGUGGGAGUGAGGAGCAGCUCUGUGGUUCCAGGUUUUAUCAGUCAGACGUUCAUCACGUGGAGGAGGAACAGCAGCGUGCUCCCACAUGGACCAGUGAGGUAAGAGCAGCAGUGGCGCGGAUGGCACGGGGUCUCCUGGGCACUGCCACAGCAGUGAGUGUAAGCAGUGGUGAGAGUGAGGAGGUGCAGGAGCAACGGCGCCAACUGGUGGACGUGCAGGAGAACACAGAGCUGGAGCAACUGUUCAGGAGCUUUGCAGGUAUUGGGAGUGAUAGUGAGGAGAACACAGACUUCUACACCAUCAAUCACACCAAAGAUCUCAACCACCAGCAGGAGGACAGAUCAGAAUCUGACCACACUCCAUCACCACUGGAACCGUCCAGCAUUUUCUACACACCAGCUCACGACAUGGAGGAUCUGGACCGUACAGAGGAGCGCUCGCAGACUCUAAGUUCUGAGGAGGACCCGGAUGUGACGAUGGAGGUGUGUCGCCCUGCCACGCCCGCCGAGACUGUUUUCACAGACCCACCAGCCUCUGAGGAACAGGACCAGACUGAUGCAGUACCAGAACCAGAACCAGGGUCCACUCACAGCACCAGGAGCGGUCAUGUGACCGAUAUAGCCGAGAUCUCCAGCAUCGCCUGUUCACCUGCACAGUACCUGGAAUGGGCGGGGCUAGCAGGAGCCCCUCCCAGCACACGCGGCACACGCCUCCCACCGUGCAACAGCACCCCACGUAGUCCAGUGGGUCAUGGUCGUAGCGCCCCCCAGAGGGAGGUAUGUGGUACCACACCUGUUCCGUACCCGCACUCCCUGGCUGAGACGUCUCUGUGGGGCAGCGCUGCAUCUCCGUCCUCCACCCAAACCUACAACACCGCCAGACCGGAGAGCACGGUGAGCACGGUGAAUCGGUCUCCUGAGGUGAGGGAUUCUAUUCAGGAGGAUUCAGACACACCAACAACUGGCAACCCAGAGUUCACUACAGCCAGCUCAGGGGUCAGACACACCUCAGACAGCAGCAGCCAGAACCACACGACCGGAAUAUCAGCAGUACAGAGCGACGCCCCCCCACAACGUGGAGAUGAAGAUAAAUCCUCCUCCAUCGCCCCCCAGGGUCUGGAGGAGAGCAGAAGAGCUCACACCACCCUGGACGAGGAACUGCGGGACCUCCUGGAGAACCUGGACACCCAGAGGAGCUCACAGAGACCUGAAAGCUUCAGCGAGCACAGGCUGGGACUCACCAGAGAGGAGGAAGGAGAAGGAAAUGAGAAGAUUAUGGAGCUUCUGGAGGAGAGUGGAUGUCCAGCAGGAGACGGCAGUGAGGGAGCAGCGUGGAGCGAAACACACUGGACUGAACCGCUCACCACAGGAAACAUGAAUGAACAGGGAGAGAAAAUCGAGGGAGCGAGCCACGCCCUCCUGAACAAACCCCACAGAGUGAUUAUUUUGGAGAACACGCCCAUCCAGAGUGACCCCGCCACACCCCACCCCAGUGAUCGAUCAUAAAGGUUCCCGAUCACAUGUGUACUGUACAAACCACCGAUCAAUACCGAGCGUACAGGCUCAUCUGUGUUUCUGUCCUCACCUCACACUGUUCCUACGACUUCAGCAGGUUCUUCACCGUUGGAUGAACUGACUCCAGUAUUUUUAGUUUUGAUCUCUUUAAGAUUCCUCACCCAAAAAAUGCGACUUUUAUAACGUAGUUUAAGUGAAUUAUUUAAUACGAGUUCCUUUGAACAGCAGCGUAAUGAGAUUCGUACCGCCGAUGUUCAAAACACAACAACAUUCCUGUAACAACUGUUUAAUAAAUGUUUAUUAGAACUCAA